GGUGUGCUAUAAAAUCUCAGAUGAAUAUAAGCUUGUGCCAGAGCAGGCAGACGAAGGCAAAGCUGCACAAUGAUGUCCCACAUUUGUUUGAUCCUGCUGCUGAUGUUGACACUGGACUCCGUGUCGUCCAACAACAGAUUUUUCAUCUCAGCCCCGAGAGUGUUCCAUGUGGGCGUCAAAGAAAAAGUGUUGGUCCAGGUGGAAGGGAUUCAUCUCAAUAAUGUCAUAAACAUUUACCUGGAACAUGAAAGUACUACAACACUGAUGUCUGUGAAAACAACUGCUACGUGUGCUGAGAUGGGCAGCAUCAAAACAGUUGAGCUCAUGGUAGACAAGGAAAAGAUGUCACAAUUGGCUUCCCCCAAAAAUGCACCACUAUAUCUUGUGCUAGUGGCAGAAAGCCCUUCCUUCCCUAAGAGGUAUUCAACAAGGGUCCUGGUGUCAAAGCACAGGGGUUACAUCUUCAUUCAGACCGAUCAGCCGAUCUACACCCUGGUCACAGACAGUGAGGUACAGGAUCUUCACACUGGACCAUGCACUGGAGGCCUUACAAAUGAAAUGUGCAGCAUUUCAAUUUUUAAUGCAGCUGGAAACAGAGUAAUGAAGUCCAUCAAAACUAAUCCUGAUGGUAUACUCAAGGGUGUAUUCACCAUACCUGAUGUCUCCAAAACGGGCACGUGGAAGAUCGUGGCACACUUUGAAGGUGAUAAUAAGAACUCUGCUUUUCGGGAGUUCAAAGUACAGAAAUUUGUUUUACCAAGUUUUGACGUGACGAUCAACAUGGAGCAGCGUUAUAUUUUAUUGGAUGCUGAGGAAUUAAAGUUCAUUGUCACAGCCAUGUAUUCACAUGGUGAGAACAUUAAUGGGGCCUACCAUUGUCGGAUUGGAGUGCUCACAAAUGGAACUAUUGGUGGUCAAGAAAAGGAGCUUGUUUUUAUUAAAGGACUGGAACUGACUGGUUCUGUCCAUGAUGGGAAUGGAGCAGUUUCACUCAAGACCGCAGUGUUAAAAAGGCAACUUAAAACAGAGAUGAAUGAAACUCUCUCUGACUUACAACAACGUGGAGUGCAGCUGUAUUUGGGUGUAUUUGUCACCAACAUACAAAAUGGUGAACUCCAAGAAGCAGACGUUUCGCUUCCCAUCAUCUCCCACAGAUACACAAUAGAUCUGUCUCGAACUCGUGCAUAUUUCCUUCCUGGAUUUCCGCUAAGCGUUGUGGCAAUCGUGCGUCUACCAGACGGUUCUGCAGCAUCUCUUGUUUCAGUAAAGAUUGAUGUUCCAUCAUCAUCAGAGAAAUCUAAAGAGGAUACAACUGACCAGCAGGGGGCAGUGUUUGCUGAAUUCAACAUUCUUUCCUCAGAUGAUUUCACUCUGGAAGUGUCAGUAGGUGAUCUGAAAGAGAGGAAAGUAAUUCGGCGCACUUCAUCUCAAAGUGGCAACUACUUAUACCUGGAAGUUAGCAACAGGAUGGUCUCUGUGGGUUCUUCCCUACCUGUAACGUACCACAUCAAUGGCCCAGAGAAUGGGUUUCUAUACUACCUGGUUUUAAGUCGAGGAUCCAUAAUAAAACAGGGUUCUCUGGCCCUUGGUCGUUCGCUUAAAGACAACCUGUUCAUAACGGCUGAUAUGGUUCCAUCCUUCCGUCUGAUUGGCUACUACUACAGCAAUGGUGGUGACAUCAUUGCUGACUCAGUGUGGAUAGAUGUCAAGGAUGAAUGUGAGACGCAGGUCACGGUAUCCAAGGACAAAAGUCACAGCAAACCUGGAAAAAGGACUGAGAUUGAAUUUAACAUACAAUCGCCAGAUGCCACAGUGACUUUGCUGGCUGUGGAUAAGGCCAUCUAUGCACUCAACUUCCACAACAGACUCUCACCAAAGCAGGUGUUUUCCUUUAUGCAGUCGUAUGACCUCGGCUGCUCAUACGGUGGAGGAUCGGAUUCAGCUUCCACCUUAAAUGACGCUGGACUGUCCUUUGUGACUCAGUCCUCCUCAGCAUGGACAAAACACUUUGGCUGUAAAUCACCAUCUACUCGUCAAAAACGUGCUGUGGAUCUUCACCAAGAAAUGCUGAAAUUAAAAUUAAAUUUCACCGGUGAUGAGUAUUUACAAGACUGUUGCGUUCGUGGCUUUUCUAUCAUCCCGAUGAGACUAACAUGUCAGGAAAGAGCUCAGAGGGUGUUUCGGGUGAAAGCAGACCCCAAGUGUAAACAGGCCUUCUUGAAGUGUUGCCUUGAAGGAGAAAAUCUGAGACAGAAAAAGCAACGAGAGGAUGCUCAGAAAGGAUACGGCCGCACUGCAAGCAUACUCGACAUUGAGGAGUUCUUCCUGGACACCACUGCUCAGUACAUUCGACGAUAUUUCCCCCCAAGCUUUGCAUUUGAAGAAUUUAAAGUAAAUGGCAAAAAAGGCCCUUUCAAGCAUUCUUUGGCUCUUCCGGAUUCCAUCACUACCUGGGAGAUUCAGGUUAUCACUUUAUCUCCCACCACAGGUUUUUGUGUUGUUGAGCCGUUUACAAUCAGAGCAUUUCAGGAUAUAUUUGUGUCUCUGAGGCUGCCUUACUCCGUGAAAAAGUACGAGCAGUUAACCAUUUCACCUGUUAUCUACAACUAUGGCGAUGAGAGCAGACAGUUGGCAGUUCACAUGGAGCAAACUGCGGGUCUUUGUUCCCCUGGUUCAGCCACCUCCUCAGCUUUUGUCAACAUUACUGUGGAACCCAGAUCCUCUCAGUUUGUUUCUUUCCCAGCUGUCCCUAUGGUAGCACACUCCAUACCAAUCAAAAUUCGCGUAUAUGAUAUAGAAAAUGAAAUGGGAAUUGAUGCGGUUGAAAAGACUUUAAAUGUUUUGACAGAGGGUGCAGAAGUGAGAACAGAAAAAACAUGGAUGCUGAAGUUGGAUGGCAGGAGCAGUCAGUCUUUCACCAUUGAUGGAACACUACCAGAAAACAUUGUCCCUGAGUCUGACUCAAAUAUGUUUCUUUCAAUGGAAGGGGUUGGAUUUGGACAAUCACAUGCUAAGAACCUUCUUUCUCCCCAGAAGGUUGCAUCCUUGAUCGUAUUGCCAACAGGAUGUUUAGAACAAACAAUGGUACGAUUGGCCCCAACUGCUUUAUCCCUCCGCUAUCUCGAUCUGAGUGAGCAAUGGUUUGAGUUGCCACCUGGUGCCAGAGAUAAAGCUAUGGAUAAUAUUGAGAGUGGUUAUAUCAGGAUUUUAGGUUACCAGAACAAAAAGGACGGAUCUUAUAGCGCAUGGAGUUCAGUGCCAUCAAGCAACUGGGUGACUGCCCUUGUGGUGAAAGUGCUGUCCUUGGUGGCAGAGCGUCAGACGGCGGCUCUUGGACAGCAGGGCAGGACGAGUCAAAUUGUUCCACAAGACAAAAUUAGUCAUUCGGUUCAGUAUCUGCUCUCAGUACAGAAUGCAGAUGGCUCAUUCAGUGACUCACAUCCAGUGCUACACAGAGGAAUGCUGAAAGGUAAAGACGAUCAAUCAGCCAUGACAGCUUUCAUAACACUUGCGCUUAAACGUGCACUGCCAUUCCUGAAGGAGGACAUGCGGAAUAAUACCGAAGCAAGCAUUUCAAGAUCAACAACAUAUCUCCUGUCACACUUUGAAGAACUUCAGAAUCACUAUGCUGUUGCUAUCACAGCCUACUGCCUGGCUGUUUGUCUGCCACAUAAAACGGAUUCAUCUGCAGCUUGGACAAAACUUCAAUCAAUGGCAACAAAAGUGGAAAAUGACUGCUAUAAGUGGGCGGCUAAUCCUGGAACAGCGCAUAAAGAACGAGCAGAUGCCAUCACAGUGGAGACGACAGCUUAUGCCCUCCUGACUGCUGUGGCACAUGAACAAUUCGAGUGGGCAGACAAAACUGCCUGUUGGUUAAUCACCCAAGAAAACUAUUUUGGAGGCUUCAAAUCAUCACAGGAUACCAUUAUGGCACUAGAAGCGCUCUCUGAAUAUGAACUAAGGAAGUCUUCCGGUCCCAUCACAAAUGUGAUGGCAGAGUUCAGUGUCCCAGGAAGGACAGAAGUUGUGAGGAUGUCAGUGGGGAAGGAUGACAAAGUGGAAACAGAGCUGAAGAAACUUAAAGGGAACAACAUUGAGAUGAAGCUGACAGGAGAAGGAGAAGCUAAAAUGAAGACUGUGAAGGUUUAUCAUUUGCUGGAUGUGAAGGACAGCUGUGACAAACUGUCAAUCAACGUCACAGUGGAGGGGAAAGUGAAGUACACUGCUAAGAUCAUAGAGACGUACGAUUACUACACUGAAGAGUAUGAUGACACUGACGAGACUGAGGUACAAAUGCCCCAAUUGGCGUCUCCGAACAAGAAUGACAAAGCCGCUGAUGACCCAAAUUUAGAGAACACUGUCAGCUACAGAGUCUGCGUCAGUCACAGCCUGAGCCAGAAUCUCACAGGGAUGGCGAUCGCUGACAUCACACUUCUCAGUGGAUUUGAUGCCAAAAUCGAGGAUCUCGAGGAGCUGAAAAAGCCACCAGAACAAUAUAUUUCCCACUAUGAGGUUUCCUAUGGAAGAGUACUGUUCUACUUCAACGAGCUCUUUGAGCAAAAGGAAUGCAUUAAUUUUGACGCUAUACAGAGAGUACCAGUUGGACUUCUGCAUCCGGCUCAAGCUGUAUUCUAUGAUUAUUAUGAACCAAGCAGGAAGUGCACUAUUUUCUACUCUGCUCCCCAAAGAAGCAAGAUGGUCUCCAAGCUGUGUUCAGAGGAUGUGUGCCAGUGUGCUGAACGACCUUGUUACAAAGAACAAACUACGUUUAAAUCCGAAAGAGGGGGCGUAAUCAGAAAGAACGACCGUGAACAGCACGCUUGCUUCUUCCCUUUAGUAGAAUACGCAUACGUGGUUCAAGUUCUCAGUGAUUCCAUGAAGAGUAACUUUGCGCUGUACACCACCAAAGUUACAGACGUGCUGAAAACAAAUGCGGACAAACAUGUGAGGGAAAAUUCUGUUCGAGUGUUUGCGAAGAGACGCCAGUGUAAAGGACAGCUGGAAGCAGGGAAAGAGUACCUCAUAAUGGGCAAAGACGGCUCCACUACUGACUCAUCUGGAGAGAUGCAGUAUCUAUUGGAAUCAAACACUUGGGUUGAAAAGAAGCCUCUGACAGAAGAAUGCAGAAAAACCACCUUCAUAAUUGCUUGCAGGGAAUUUAAUGAAUUCAUAUCAGAGUAUAAAAGAGAUGGCUGCAGACUCUGAGGGGGCAGUCAAACGUCGCACUUGGCUUUCAUAUUCAUUUCCAUUUACAGUAAUUUAGUAGUUACCGUAUAUACUCAUUUAUUACAUAUAGUAGCAACGACACCAGACUCCACCACAGGAUUGUUUCUAGUGUUAAUCUGUCCAUUAAUCACUUACUCUUUUACUGGUCAGUCUGUUAAAUGUUCAGCCUCAUUGCUUCAAUAAAUCUCAUUUAAACUGCUGUUCAAUUC